AUGUCGCUAUUUCGGAAGCCGAUGAAGCAAUACACCUGGCUUCCAGAACACAUGCGAAGCAUCUAUGACUGGCUCCAUUACUCUGAGCCUACCUGGGGCUACACCAUCUACCGGACGACCUACACUCCUCAAUCCAAUGCCGCUUUCCCGCGUAUGGUCGACCUCACCACUAAGUACAUGAAGAACGAAUUCUACAACAGUUACAGAAAUUCCCUUGGCGAAUAUUUCAGGGCAAAUGAGUUCAUCAUCACUCCCUGGAAUGAAAUCUGGCCCAAUUACCAGCCACGGGUAAUUGAAGAUGCUUCCCGGUUCGACGGAGCAUCGAUAGACCAGCUCCGCGAGCAUUUCAGGGCCGAUGCAAUUGAGCGUGAUGUGCUCGAUUGUUUCCCUGGCUAUCGCAUGUUUAUUGUCAUUGACGAAGAGAGCUUUCAAACCUUACAAAACGCCCCCUUUCCAGAGAACUCGAGAUACGAAGAGAGGAGACAUCAUUAUGUGAAACUCGUCGAGGCGGAGGUAGAUCCAUCUGACUGGUUCCAAGGGUGGAUGAAGUGCUCCUUGCCCUCGUUGUGGGAGGUUUGGUCGGAUAUGCUGGACGGGGCUUAUAUGAGGCGCACUGCUUCGAUGAUACCCGACGAUACUGAUGUUUUGUGA